GCCGUGGAAAGCUCCUCCUCUUCGCUCUGGGUCAUCUGCGGCGCAAUGCAACAGAGUAGUAACAGAAUGUCAACUCUAGCUGUAAUUACGUAUUCACAGACAUGAAAGAGGAAUAUUGUGCUCCUCCAAAUCAUCAGAACAAUUUUUCACGAUGAGAAUUCAUUGUAAAAUUGUUGUGAUCGCUGUCUGUUUUGGAGUUUUUUUACUUUUGUACUUUUUUGGGGGAAAUGCUGCAGACGAUCCGCCUUUGAAAGAAGUUGAGGAGGAUAACUAUUUUCCGAAGUUCUCGGGGCUUCGAAACAAUGUUGCAUCAAAGUUAACAAAAAAAACUCUCGAUGAACUUCACAUUCCACACAAACAACCACUCACGUACCGAAAAGUAUCGAAAGUAUCCAGUAGAGGAGGCAAUGCGAUCGCAAAGAGCAGACAGAGGAGUGACAUGGGAGUGGGUCGGCCCGCAUCGAAGCGCGCCCGUGCUGAGGAGGUCAUGCACCUGGCCGUGGUGGCCUGUGGGAACCGCCUGGAUGAGACGCUCACCAUGGUCAAGUCAGCCCUCCUCUUCAGCAUCAAGAGUAUCAAAUUCCACAUCUUUGCAGAGGACCCCUUGACCUCACAGUUUGAAAAGGGGUUUCUCUUUCAGCUGAGCCAGUGGCCCCAUGCUAUCACAAACAAGUUCCAGUACAGUAUCUACCCAAUCACGUUCUCUGUGGGGAAUGCAGAGGAAUGGAAAAAGCUGUUCAAGCCCUGCGCUGCCCAGAGGCUGUUUCUCCCUGUGAUCCUAAAGGAUGUAGACUCUUUACUCUACGUGGAUACAGAUGUGCUGUUCCUCAGGCCCAUGGAUGAUAUGUGGAGUUUCCUCAAGGCCUUCAACACCACCCAGCUGGCUGCUAUGGCCCCAGAGCAUGAGAUCCCUAAGAUAGGCUGGUAUAGCCGCUUUGCACGCCAUCCCUUCUACGGGGUCACCGGGGUCAACUCAGGAGUCAUGCUGAUGAACCUCACAAGGAUACGAAGCACUCUGUUCAAAAACAGCAUGAUACCCAGUGGCCUGUCAUGGGAGGACCUCCUCCACCCACUCUACCAGAAGUACAAGAAUCACAUCACCUGGGGUGACCAAGAUCUCUUAAAUAUCAUCUUCCACUACAACUCAGAGUGUCUGUACACCUUCCCAUGCCAGUGGAACUACAGGCCUGAUCACUGCAUGUAUGGGAGCAACUGUAAAGGAGCUGAGGAGGAAGGCGUGUCCAUUCUCCAUGGGAACCGAGGAGUGUAUCACGACGACAAGCAACCAGCCUUUAAAGUCGUUUAUGAUGCUGUACACGAGUACCRCUUUGAGGACAACUUGUUCCAGUCGCUGUUCUAUCCCCUCCAGACCAAGUUUCUGGACACAGUCAACACCCUGUGUGGUCGGAUUCCCCAGGUGUUCCUCAAACAGGUGGAAAAGUCCAUGAGGACCGUGUACGAGAAGAAAGUGGUCCGUCAUGUGAGGCCUCCACCAAAAUAAUUACAGGAAACUGAACAGAGGAAGUUGUCUCUGACAUCACUAUGGGAAUCUUUCUGUGGAAGAUGUGCAAUAUCAGAAGUCCCCAGACCAGAUGGAAUCCGUAUGCGUUACACGGUGUUUGUAACACAACAGAUCAUGGUGUAAUGGACAUGAUGGUGGUAUGGAUCAUGAACAUGUGGAACACGUGUCAAACUCAUUCCACGGCGGGCUGAGUGUUUGCUGGUUUUCGCUCCUCCCUUGUACUUGAUUGAUGAAUU